AUGAAGGUUAGUCAUCACUACACGAUCCUUGCCAUGGCAGCAACCGCAUUCGCGCAGGGAGAUACCGCGAGAAAGUUCCAUAUUCGCGGUCUGGCGAAGGAACGGAGGGCUCAACCACAACAAAUUUGUCACUGUUCACCAACGGCAGACUGUAUAACCCUUGGCAUCAGUUACAUUCCCAUUCAGGAGCACUUGGACCACGGCGACGCAGAAGGCCCGUGUGCAUGCGAAGCCCCCGGCGGCACUGAGAUUACUUCCCGCUGCGGAUCUAUCGCUCUGGAAGGCAUUCCAGGUGUGAUGCAACGGGAGGUUAUGAAGACCUUUGUAAAGGAAAAUAUCUUGGACUAUGCCGUUUCGAGCGUUAGUGAUGUCCCCAUCGAGUACUUUGAUCCAACAACAGCCAACCAAGACGCGAUCAUCGACGACUUUUUGGAGAUUUUUUUAUGA